CGUGGCUCAAAAUCAGGAGCCCUUGUCCGAGAUGAGCCAAUUGGCCCUCGGAAGCUCCGAGAGCGUCGGGAGCGGCGAGUGCGCCCGGAUGCUCACGAUAACCGGGGCUGACGCGGGCAGCGUCGUCAGUGUGGACACGGACUCGACGAUGCCAGCCUCUUCACCUCCACCCUCUUACGAGCGCGUCCUCGAAGAAACGAAAACAGCCUCAUUGGAUGAUGACGAGGAGGCGAUAGGGGAGAGCACGGACGACGGGAAAAUGGCAAAGAAAAAGCAACAGCAGACACAAAAACAACCAACGGGGAAAGGUCGCUCGAAGAACACAGCAGCAGAGAUAAUGCCCUACAAGUCGAGCAAGGAGUUUUACAAGGCUAUGGCCAAGCAGUGGGGCAUCACGUGUAAGAUGAGCGACACCUGCCGCUGCCUUGACUGUCAGAGCCGCUACUUUGAGUGCAGCUAUGAAAAGUACCAAGACUACGAUACCUACCAGGAACAGUCGGAUGGAGGCCUAAGUGCCAGCACGCCCAUGUUUGUUUCCGAAAUAAUGCACGGCUCGACCUGCCUGUUGCUCUAAAAGGGGCUCUUUAGCGCCGUGACACGCAUGCAUGAGCAACACCUUGUCUUUCGUUCCUCUCCCUCCAGUGCAUCUCAGUUGAAGUAAAUACGAGAAUUUUUUUUACCACACGCGCGUUGCACUGGAGGAUAAUUUUGAGGUUAAGAAGAGUUCUGUAUUUUGACUCUUUUCGUUUGAAUUGGCAAUUUAAGGGGCGGAGGAAUCAAAUAUCACUACACAAAUAAUAUAUGCGUCAAAUACAAAGGGUCUUUGUUUAGAUAAUAUGUACAUCAUCUCAAACACCUUGGCCUCCAAAUAAUUAUCUUAACUGCUCGUUGCAGUUCUUUAUAAACGUCAAAGGCAUAAUUAUAAAUGUUGCCAACGUUUAGCCAACAAUUAGAAAAUAAAUAUUUGCAAUGCUUUUUGACCUCCAUGUACAUAUUUUUAUGUCCAAAACACGGCAAAUUUAUAUA